UUCUUCUUUGCUCGGUAAAUAUUUUGGCAUAAUUUUUGUCUAUCUUAGAUAAUAAUCAAAAUUAAGGAUUUUGAUAACUUCAUUUUUAGUAAUUGUAUACCAUGGGAAAUAAAAUAAUUACCUAAAUGCUCAUCUGCAACAAUAAUGAAUUCGAGAUGAUUUUACAGAUGGUAUGAAAACCGGUUUUUUAAUAUUAAUGAGUGUAUAAAUAGAAGUCCUUUUGAUUCAAGGCCUGAACAUCUUGUGAGUGAGUGACAAUAACAACACAUAUCUAAGAAUAAACAAUUAACAUAGGAGCACUAAGAAAACUUCCUUUGGCGAAAACAUCCUAGAAGAUUAAGUCGGAAGUAAAUCAAAAUGCAAAGCAGCAUAGCACCGAACUGUAUGGUGGUGACACCACACCACUUGGCCACCCAGAGUGCACUGGCCAUACUGAGAGAAGGAGGAACUGCUAUUGAAGCAAUGGUGUCUGCUGCUGCAACAGUAGCUGUGGUCUAUCCUCACAUGAACAGCAUAGGAGGCGAUUCAUUUUGGCUCAUCGUACCACCCACGGGGGACCCUAUAGUAAUCGAAGGACGCGGAGCAGCCGGCUCAUUAGCUACACUCGAUUUCUUUAAAGAUUACAAAAAUAUUCCAUUUAGAGGACCAAAAGCUGCUAACACAGUAGCAGGUACUGUAGGUGCUUGGGAAGAAGCACUUCAGUACGUAUCUGAAUGUGGAUAUCAACGGAUGUCAUUAUCCAAGUUACUUGCUGAUGCUAUUAAGUAUGCACAAGAUGGGUUCCCUGUAACAAAAUCUCAUUACGAGAGCUUGAAAAAUAUUCAAGCCGAAGGAAAUGUCCCUACUGACUUCGGAAGAGUUUUUAUUCCUAAUGGAAAAAUUCCAAAAGUGGGAGAAACAUUUUGCCAGAAGCAACUCGCUAGCACCCUGCAGCAUUUAGUUGAAAACGGUCUCAACAGUUUCUAUAAAGGCGAAUUGGCGAAAUUGAUUGCCGAGGACAUGGAGUCGUUAGGCAUGCCUAUCACGAAAUCAGAUCUUACAAACUACGCUCCAGUUAGGAAAGUUCCUUUACGAUUAUUACACAGCCACGGCGAGGUAUUCAACAUUCCUCUGCCUCAAGGUUUAGUUUCGCUAACUAUUCUCGGUAUCUUAGACAAGUUAGGUAUUGAUGGUCAACAUGAAGGCCAAUUUGUUCAUGCUGCAGUAGAAGCUACGCUACAAAGUUUUAAAAUGCGAGAUAACUAUAUAAAAGAGCAUAUGAAGACUGAUCCCAACUUAUUAUUAUCAAGUCAAAACUUAUUUAAAAUGGCAAAAGAAGUAAAUUUGGAUCAAUUUUCUGGCGCUCAUCCAUGUAAAGGUCCUGGGGAUACUAUUUGGAUGGGAAUAAUGGACAAUAAAGGCUUUUCAGUUUCUUUUAUUCAGAGCAUUUACUUUCAAUUCGGAAGUAAUAUGGUGCUUCCUAGAACAGGUAUUUUGUGGCACAAUAGAGGAGUAGCAUUUAAUUUGGAGAAGGACCACGCUUUGUGUAUAGAGCCUGGGAAGAAGCCUUACCAUACGUUGAAUCCAGCAGCAGCUCGUUUGCGCGAUGGACGAGUUUUGGUUUAUGGAACAAGAGGUGGAGACGGGCAGCCUCAAACACAGUGUGCAAUCUUCCAUAGAUACGUGGUGCAGGGCAAAGAUGCUCAGCAGGCAGUGACUGAACCAAGGUGGCUUUAUGGAAGGAUAUCUGGUCCUCCAGAGACCACCCUGAAAUUAGAAGGAAGGUUUAAUGCUGAGACUAUAAAUUAUUUGAAAGAGAGAGGUCAUGAUAUCGUUAUGUUGCCAGAUUAUAGCGAACACACUGGUCAAGCUGGAUUGCUAGUAAGACAUCCUGAUGGAAAUAUGGAAGGCGCCUUCGAUGUUAGAAGUAAUGGAAGUGCAGCUGGCUUUUAAUGGAAUAUUUUUAUUUGCAUGUUUAUUUUUAAAUAGAUAUUAAGAGGUCAGCUCUGAAAAGGUCUCGAUAAAUUGUAUAGAUGAUUUAGUAAACUUCCUGAUAGUACUUAAGCUAGUCAUAAAAUCUUAUAAACCAAUCGUAAAAGUUCUGGGUUGAUACCUGGUUCUGGUUGGCAUUUAUAAGACUUUUUAUAAUUUCUAACUAACUCUGAUGAUACAGGUAUAUUGAUAAAGGUUCAUCCCUCGAUUAAAAGUAACACGUGUGAUGUUUUAUAUAAUAGGGGAUUAAUUCAAAUUAUACAGGCAAUAAUAACAUGUUUUAACUCGUCAAGGACCG